AUGCUCGUCUCGCUUUUCCUUGGGGCUACAGUAGCGGCCGCUGGCCCGACGACCGUUGCAAGAGAUAUCUCGUCAGCUGUGACGGUUAGCCAGAGUGCUCCGGAAGACGCCGGUGCUGCAAUCUUGCGCCCAUUUGUCUCCUUUUCAAUUGAGUUUGCCUCUUUCCCUGAUUUUGCAGGCAAUCUGUCUUUGCCGAAUAAAUUCUCGAACCAGCUACUAGAUAACCUGGCCGAUCUCCAGGGUAUCAAGCCUUAUAUCCGUGUCGGCGGAAACACCCAAGACUUUGCCUUAUACGACCCGAAUCUGAAAACAGGAAUCAAUGGCACAGUUGUCCCAGCCAUAUCUACCGACUACCCGUCCAUCGUAUACAUCGGACCCUCGUUCUUUGAGUCGUACGCAACAUGGCCAGACACCAAGUUCAGCUUCGGGUUCGACCUGGCCAAAAAUGGAACCGAAGGGAUGAAUACACUGCUUGCUACCGCUCCCCUAGCAUGCAAGGCUCUCAAGGACGGCAAGCUGGCGUACUGGGAGAUGGGCAAUGAGCCUGACUUGUACAAGUCAAGUGCAACGGACACGAAGCGACCAGCUAAUUGGUCGGAGAGUGAUUAUGUGACGGAGUGGCUGUCAAAAACCCGGCUAGUCAAGCGCCAGAUUGCCAAAGCUUGUCCUGAGAUGGCGACGGAUGCUGAAUACAAGUAUCUUGCUCCGUCGUUUGCGGGUUUGACUAAUAGUCUUGAUCCCGUGACGACGUGGGAAGAUGGACUGGAUGCAGAUGGUGAUAUCAUGUUGAACUCGAUGCACAACUAUAUUGGUGGUGCUACUCAGCCAGGUGUGACACUCCAGCGGACGUUGAUGAAUCAUACGUCAACGGUCAACAGUGUCCUGCAGCACGUGAAGCUAGCCCAGACCCUCAAGGAAGACGGUUUAGCCAAGGAUAUCCCCUAUAUUCUGGGCGAGACCAACUCCCUCUACAAUGAAGGCAAGCCGGGCUUAUCUAACUCGUUCGGUGCAGCCCUUUGGGGCGUUGAUUUCAAUCUCUACUGCGCCUCCCAGAGCAUCCGACGCACGCACAUGCACCAAGGAACAGACUAUCGGUAUGCAGCAUGGCAACCCGUCCAAACCAACAAGACAACCUUGGGCACGAAAGCGCCAUACUACGGAAACAUAAUGGUUGCGGCAAUGCUAGGCGGAGGAGACAGCUCCAGCUCCACUAACAUUCAGGUCGUGAACCUCCCGCUAACCAAGGACACCGACGCCGCCUAUGCUACAUAUAUCGAUGGGCAACUUGCACGGAUCGCCGUGCUCAACAUGCAAGAGUACAAUACCAGCGGAUCUACAGACUCGGCAUCCCGGCCCACGGCGACAUAUUCGUUCCGCGUACCAGUAAGCAGUGGUGCCGGGGGCUCAGCGAGAUCCUUAUCUGUGCACCGGCUUAUGGCGAAUGGUAGCGAUGCGAUCAGCGGCAUCACCUGGGAUGGCUGGUCAUACAACUACGAGUUAUCGGGUGGCGCGCCGGUGCGUUUGGAUAAUAUCACGGUGGGGGAGACGGUGCCUGUGUUGGAAUCGGGGAUUGUGGAGCUUAAACUUCCAUAUUCAAGUGGUGCUAUUUUGAACCUGUAG